GUGUGUGUGUGUGUGUGUGUGUGUGUGUGUGUGCAGGUUCACAGGGAGGCGGUGUACUACAACAUCAGACCCCUGGUGAAGCUCCUGGAGGAGAGCCCUCCUCUGUUUGGAGAGCUGGUGGGCCGGCAGCAGUUCCUUUCCAGAGUCCCCCACUACAGGGAGAACAUCGAGGUGCUGAUUCGUAUCGCCAGAGCCGAGGCCAUAGCCGCCCGACAGUCCACCAUCAUGAUAUGCGUGCUGCGCACAGAGGAGGACUUGGGUCUCUAUGACAACGCCAUCAACAGCCUGGAGUCAAAUAAGGAGUCGGUGGUGACGUUCGGACCCUGGAAGGCCGCGCUAUCCGUCAAAGACCUGCUGGACUGUGUGAAGCUGGACAUCGAGAGUCAGGGCUACAGUGUGAGCAUCCAGCGCCACUCAGUGGAGAGGAGCUUCCUGUCCACCAGGAGCUACGACUACUUCCACAAACUCAUCUUCACCUGGUGGUGAUGACAGGGGCUGCUUUUACCUGCUUCUUAAGAAAUUAGAUUAAAAACAACAGACAGCAAUUUGAUAUUUUACAAUUUGGAAUAGACCAAGUUAAUCCAAGUCGUUCCUGUCAGGGAAUAAUUUCCAUACAUGUUUACCUUUCGCCCUCUAACGCAGAUGCCCAGCCUUGAGCAGCAUGCUAUAUCUCCCUUAAGGAGGGGCUGCCCUAGCAAGUUGUUGUUGUUGUUGUUACCAGUUUAUGACCGGGCAGCUCUC